UUGUAUAUUAAAUGAUAUUUGACAAAAAUCUUCAUUAUCAAAUGCUUUAACAAUUUGCUUGACAUCCUACUUUAAAAAUUAUUAGAUAUGGGAUCUAUUGUGUCAGCUAUUAUGGGAAGAGUCUUUGGAGUCAGGGCAGUGACAUCACCCAUUCCACGGUUAAGCUAUUCAUCACAUGCAAAUCGGGCCAUGCAAGUGAAAAAGUUGACAACCCAUGUCUCAUGUAUCAGUGGUAAAUAUCUAAAUGGCCCUCAGAGAGGAAAUGUUCCUGUUGAUAAAAUCCCCCUCUCUGUUCCCUUCAAAGAGUACAGCCCUAUAAAUUACACAGCCCCACCUGUAGCAGCAGGACCUGUUUGGGCAGACAAAGAUAUAACUUCACCCAAACAUGAUAUGAAAUUCAACUAUCAGGAUGGAAAAGUAAAUAGGGUCUCAUACUAUGGAGCAUAUGAUGUUGUAGAUGGAUUUCCAAUGAAUCCGGUUGGAAGGACUGGAAUUCAUGGUAGAGGGUUACUUGGUAAAUGGGGUCCAAAUCACGCUGCUGACCCAGUUGUCACCAGAUGGAAGCUGGAUGCUAAUAAAAAUGUUGUAAAGGAUGCCAAAAGCAAGAAACCAAUUUUAGAAUUUGUUGGUAUUAAACGCAAAGAUACUGGAGAAUGGGCUAUUCCGGGUGGGAUGGUAGAAGCAGGUGACACUGUCAGCUUGACCUUGAAGAAAGAGUUUGGAGAAGAAGCUCUCAACUCCUUGGAAAUGGAUGAAGAAAAGAAGAACAAGGUCAGGAAAUCACUUGAUGAGCUAUUCACACAUGGGUCCACUCUUUACAAAGGAUAUGUAGAUGAUCCUAGGAACACAGAUAAUGCAUGGAUGGAAACAGUAGCUGUAAACUUUCACGAUGAUUCUAAUGCGUUUGAUUCCUUCAAGCUGCAUGCUGGUGAUGAUGCUGGUGAGGUCUCGUGGAUUGCUAUUAACAGCAGCAUCAAGUUGUAUGCAAAUCACAAACAGUUUAUUGAAACUGCUACCACAGCAAACAAUGCACAUUGGUAAUCAAGGUGGUAAGGUAGACAUGAAAUUAAUGAUAUGCCCUCUUCUGGUGCUAAAUCUGUUCUAAGCCUCACAAUAGUUGCAAUACCUUUCACUACCUUUGGUUGUAUCAAACUUUAGCGUUUCCUGCCAGUACUGUUAUUGAUCCAUCCAGUCUGAAACUCGAGAUCAGUAGGUUUGAAAAUAUGUUUAAAUUUAAAAGGAACACUGCUUAUUAUAAUUAUACAUAAAAUUUUCAAGCACUAUACGUCUAUUGAUGGAAUCAUAAAUGAAAUGGUUGCUACAUAAUAAAAAUGUUUGCCACGUACCAUGGGUUAAAAUGGUUUCUGUGUUUUAAAUUUUCCAGUUGUUCUUAUAGAUUUGGUCAGUUGAAAAUGUUGUUAGUGUUACUUUAUAAUUAGAAAAUAUUUUAUGUCUAGCAUCUAAUUCAUGCUAUAUAACUAUAUAAUAUUCAGUGUUCAGUUCAACCCUUUUCUCUAAAUUAUUUACACAAGCUAUUUUGUAUUUGGUUGUGUAGGAGCGCAAGUGCAGCUCAGCAGUCAGCAUAUUUUAAUAUUUUAGUGUUGAAACUUACAGUUUUUAGACAAUUGAGUAGUCAUGCUUUGUAUAAUAACAUGCUUUUUAUAGUUUAUCGUUUGUAAGAUACACAGAACAUAAAUAUGUUGUUUGUUUUUAAUAUCAUCAAGUGCAUUAUAUCACAAUGAGUUUGCAUUCAAUUAUAAACAAUUUGUUGCCUGAAGAUAUUAUAUUGAUUUGCUUGGAUUGAAAGUUGCUCUAAAACCUUCAUUAGCACGAUUGAUUAUGAUUAUGUUGAGUGUUGCAAAUUGUUUACUGAUAUUUGUAUGAAUGAAAGCCGGAAAAGACUUGUGUUGAUUGUUUAAUUUGUUUAUUCGUACGUGUGCUCGUUAUUAAUGUACUGACUGCAUGCCAUCUAGUCAGUCAUAAUCGCUGUUUAUUUUGGUGUGGUGUAUCACUGGUUACACAUUAGAGUGGUGUACGGUUAUUUUCGUGUGUGUAUUUUAAAUGGAUUAUAUAAUUUGUUUGCUGGCUAUCAUUACUUGGGGUAUCAUUUUAGAUAUCUUGCAAUCAAUAUCAAAUUCUGAUGCAUGCUCUA